GAAACUACCGACUAAUGCCGAUCAAUAACCGGACGGCACACAGUCCGUCUAGUACUGAUGCUCGGGAAUUUUGAUGUGCCCGGUUCCCGGACGUGCAACAUGAGCAUCUUUGAUAAGACAGCAUUAUCAAAUGAAGAUCGUCAGCGGUUUUGGAGAUAAUGGGUGAACAAGUUACGGUUAUAACACCAGUGAAAAUAAUAGCAGAAGUGCUGUCCGUUAUAACUGUGGUAUGGUUGAUUGUGUCAGUGGCUGGUGAAGGUUGGGUGGUUGUGCGUUUUUUGUACUUUGAGGAUCGAACAUGGACCUGGGGUCUGUGGAGGACAUGCAACAAACUCGAGGAAGCGUUUAGCGUCUGCAUAAAAGAAGAAUGGUUAACGGUGUGUUUGGUGUUCAGUAUCAUGGCUUUGAUUCUGUCCCUGGCUGCUACAGUCUGCGGGGUACUAGGCAUGAGGGACACUGAAAGCAGAAGGAACAUAUUCUACACAGUGGCGGCGGGAUUUCUUUCAGUUGUCGCCUUACUGGAGUUUAUGGUAGUGGUGAUAUUCCCUGUGAAGUUUGGUGAAGACAUCAAGAAAGCCGAGGCAGUCCGGCGGUGGGAUUUUGACUGGGCAUACGGGUUUGCCUGGGGAGGACUUCUCUUCAGUAUUGGUGCGGCAGUCUUCUUUGUAAUACCCAAGAGUUGUCCUUCUAGCAAGUCUGCACGAGGGAAUGGAGACUAUUCUAAAGAUUUUAGAGAGAGCACUAGAAAUGACCAGUGA